CGUUCGUAUCUCGUUCUUCCUUUAAUGUUCGGGAAAUAGAUAAAAAAGCUAAAAAUCCCUGGAGAUGGGAAUGGCUGGAAAAACAAAUUGAAGGUAUAUAUUUGCGCGAGUGUUUUAGAAAAUUGGAUAAAUGCGGUGUGUGCUAUUGUACCGUCUGCGGCAAGGAGUUGGCAUACGGAUCCAGAGGAUUUGUUACACUUACGGACCAUGUUAAAUCCUCAAAGCACAAGUCAUUUCUUCAGAUACGGAAGGAGCAUUUUUCACUACCUGGAAGUGGGGAUUCCAAAGCCAAAGGAACUGAAGUUCUAUAUGGUUUACAUCCAAUGUUCACGGCUUCUCAAGCAGUUGCUGAAGUGAGUUUGCCUCAAACAUCAACACCACUCAGUGACAGAAUUAUAAAUUCUGAAGCAAUGCUCCUUGGAUUUCUGGCCGAAAAAUCUCUGCCAUUUUCUCUGGCAACAGACCUUCUCCAACUGGUAAAAGAAAUGUCAAAAGAUGGAAAAGCACUUAAUCAGGUUAAGAUGCAUCGAACUGCUGCGUCUUAUAAGAUGAGAUUUGGUGUUUCUAAAACUAUAAAGGAUGAACUUUUUGAAGAUUUACGGCAACAAUUCUUCUCUUUGAAUGUAGAUGAGAGUACAAGUAGCAAUGAUCACAGAAUCGUAACUGUGCUAGUAAAUUAUUUGAACAAAGAGAAAAAAAUUGUGACUAAACAUUUGUCUUCAUUCUCAGUUGAUAAGGUUAAUAGUGAAUCUAUUUUUCAAGGUAUUGUUACGAUAUUUGUUGAACAUGAUAUUCCUUGGAAAAAUUUAAUGUCAGUAUUACUAGAUUCAUGUAAUGUGAUGAGAGGAAGGAGUGCAGGCCUUGAAGUAAAGAUGCGUGCCCAGUGUCCUCAUCUUCUUGAUAUUGAUGGAGAUAGUUGCCAUCAUGUUCAUAAUGCAGCAAAGAAAUUUUCAAAACCAUUUGAGAUGCAUGUUGAGAGUUUGUGUAUGGAUAUUCAUAAUGAUUUAAAGUGGUCGCCAGAUAUGCGUGCAAUAUUUUCAGAAAUCUGUAGUGCUUUGAAAGUAAAGUAUACAAUGCCUCAAACAUUCAUUUCAUUUAGGUGGCUUUCUGUAUAUGAUGCAGCCGAGGAUUUAUUAAGGCUGUUGGGUGCUUUGACUGUGUUUUACUAUUCGUUUUUGUGCACUACAAAAAAGAGUCAGUUCCUUCACAUUCUUGUUAGCAUCUACAAAGCAAAUGAUAUUGGUAAUGAAACUAGAGAUCACAUCAGACAUUUACAGCGAACGCUUUCGCAUAAAGUUCUUACGCAAGCAGGCCAAGAUCGUAAAAACAGAAUUGUUAAAAAAUUGUUUGAAUGCCGUUUAGAAACACAAUUAAUUUUAAAUUUGUUUGUGUCUGUGUUGUCACUCUUUAAAGAAUAUGUAAAACUGUUUCAAAGUAGUGCUCCACUUAUACAUAUUUUGCAUGACAAACAGUUCUUGUUAGUUAAAAACCUUUUGGCAUGCUUUAUAAAAUCUGAAAAACUAGCCGCUCUAAAAGAUUCUUGUAACAAAUUCAAACUUUUUAACGUGGAAGAUAGAGUUAAUCACUUGCCUACAAAAUAUAUAUUUGUGGGGGGAAAUGUAAAAAAACUGUGCACUUCAGCUCCAAGGUCUCAGUUGGAGACUAUUGAUAAAUUCGAAAGGAAUGUCUUAAAAGCAUAUCUGUCUUGUUCAAAGACGUUACAACAAAAGAUGCCAUUAGAUAAUUUACUAUUAAAUGCAGUUUCAGCCAUUGAUCCUUCUUGUAGGCAACACUCUCUUUCUUUAAAAUUUAUGAAAGAUCUACCUCAUCUGGCAACUAAUGUUAUUAGUGAAGAGGAAAAGGAGGCAUAUGACCUGGAAGCCCAAUGCUAUCAUGUUGCCAAGCUACGUCAGCCUGAAGUAGAUGAGUCUGUAGAUAACUGGUGGAUAGAAAUUGAAAAUUCUGCAAAAUUUCCACUUCUGUCAAAAAUGGCAUGUGCUCUACUUACCUGCUUUCAUGGACCCAAAGUGGAGUCCAGUUUUAGCAUUAUGAACUCCAUUUUAACACCAGGGUCCAGUAGGUUGAAUGUGGAAUCUUUCGACGCUAUUCAAACUGUCAAGUAUGCAUUUACAGCAGAGAAAAAAACGGCAGUUGAAUUUUUUCGAAAGGACAAUUUCCUACAUGAGUCAGUCAAUAGAAACCUGUGCAAAAAUAUGAAAUCAGCAUACUUAAAUUAUAAGAAUACCAGUGUUUUAAAAAGAAAGGAGAAGUGCGUCAAACAACCACAUGCCUCUAAUCAAAAAUUGAUUUCAAAAGAAUCAGCAAAGAAGUUGUCUGCAAAAUCCAUUAAAUUGCAAAGAAAUAUUCAUUUAAAGAAAAUGCACAAGAUUUGUUUAGAGAGAAAUGUUCCUUCUCUUUCAACUGAAGUAAAUGUCAAUGAAAAGUCAGUGAAGGAACAAAGUACAGUACCUGCAAAGGGUAUAAAUUUUUCUCCUUCAAAUAAGCAUAAACUUAAUGAGAAUGUAGCUGAAAUAUUGGUGAAAAAACAAAAGACAAACCAACCUUCUACAAAACAAAAUAAAGGAAUGUUUCAAAUGACAAUCAAAGAAAUGUUUACUAAAAAAUAAUUGUAAUAUUUAACUACUGGUUUUAGACUUAUUUAAUAAGUUUAUUUUAUUUGUAUAUUAUUUGGUAAUUUUUAUAGCUGAAAUUUAAUCAAUACUAGAAAAUGUAUUGAUACCAAUGUAUUUGUAAUAAUAUUUCUAAAUAAUUUAAGUGCAAUUUGUCUCUCGUGGGAAAUAUUUGAUUCUAUUUUUAUAAUGAAUAAAUGACCCCUUUUAUGUGAAUUUUUGAAUAUUGUAUCUUUUACAUGUAAUUUUUUUCUUUUGAAAAAUUUUGGAUUUUCCUCUUUUUUGCUUUCUGUCCACUCUCAUCCCU